AUGGAGGAUUCUGACUCCAAUGCGAGAGUGGAGUGGUAUCCACUCAACUCGACGGGAGUCUGUGUUAUUCUCGGGUUACCAGAAUCUGGCUUCAAGUUUGAUGCGUGUAAUCUCGUGUUCCGAGAAAUUGUCAUCAAGGGAUCGCUGCAUUGCCCCGUUGAUGAAGUCAAAGCGAUGAUCAAAGCUGUUUCUGCUAAUGGGGUUAUUAGUCAUUUUACCAUCCUGCCACUAGAGAAGGCUGAGGACAUUCCUGACAGAGCAGCUGCCUAUUCGUUCACCGGACGUCUGGUCGUUACAUUGUAA